GAGCUGCUGCCCCCCGCGGCUGCCAGACUCUUUCCAGUGCUGUCGUUGCUUUUGUUUGCCCUGGCGCGCCGCGCCCAGCCAGACACCUUUAAUCCGCCCGACGCCUCCCUGGGCCCCGACACCGCGCGCCGCUGCUCAACGACACCUCCCCACCGCGCCUGCAACACCGACGACUGCACCGCCGCCGCUGCGUGCAUGUGGUGACCGCGACCAUGGUCUCCGACGACGUCUACGAUGCCGCGCUGCCGGUUCUACAGAACGAUGCGCUGGACGAAGAGGACAAGACAGACCAGCUGGAGCUGGUGCUGGCCAAGAAGACUGGGCUCUGUGGAAAGCCCCUGGAGAACGCCGUGCUCGACUGCCUCUGGCGCUUCCGCGACGCAGGCAGCUCCUCGAGCUCGCCGCCCCCGAGCCGCCAUACCGUCAUCCGCCGCGCCUCGCCCGCCCCGUGGCAGAUGAACCGCGCGCCCACGCCCGUCAGCCACUCGCCGCGGACGAUACACCCUCCUCCCGGCUUCGGCAUCGCGCCGCCCGCCUUCACCCGUGCCAAAUCCUCCAAUGCUUCUCCUUUCACUUCUCCGCGCCCAUCGCCGCGUCUCGCCUUCUCGAGUCCCCACAUCCCCCAUAGCCCUAGCCUGAGCGCGUACCAGUUCAGCGAGGGCACGAGUCCAAACACUGAGCUUUAUGGUGACCUUGGUAGCGAUUCCGUAGACUGGCUUGUGAACGAUGACUCUGGGAGCACCGAAUCCUCCUCCUUACUCGGCGACGGCACGCUCAACGGCGCGGCGGCCGAGUGGGUUCAGCCUCAGACUGUAGAUAUGGGUCCGUAUGACAUGCUGCGAUCUAUUCUCCGCGAUGACCGGCCCGACGAGGACAUCGAAAAGGCCCUCGAGGCCAAUGCAUAUGAUCUGAGUGCUGCUCUUCUUACGCUCAUGGGUAGCCAAACGCUCGAUGGCCAGCCAGUGCCCGUCACCGUCCCCGAGCAGACCACUUUUCAGGUCGGAAAGUCGAUGAGCCCCGCAUUCCGUCCCGCCACACCUGCUGGUCAGGCGAAAAGCAACAUUAUCUGCAAAUACUUCCUGUCUUCGGGAUCUUGUGCGAGAGCCGAUUGUAGAUUCAGCCAUGAUACGACCAAGACACUGUGCAAAUACUUCCUCAACGGCAAUUGCCUUGCUGGAAGCACAUGCAUGUUCUCGCACGACCCUACUCAAGUAAUGGCCCGUCUAGCUAUCUCAGAUGCAUCCACGCCCCCACUCCAGUCAGCACUCCCAAACUUCCAGAUGCAGGAUUACGAGUUUCCAAGCCUUCAGAACACUAGCUCAGCUGGCUGGACCCCUCAGUUUGCGGCCAUGGACACGGCUUCCCUCGAGCAAUUGUACGGACUCACCGGUGUUCCGAAGCAUCCCCCUCCGGGCUUGAGCCCUUUCCCCACCUUUACUCCCGGCAGCCUAAGCCGCCCGCAGUCUAGGAACACCAGCCGUCAGCAGUCCCGAGCGCCCACCCCUUUGGUCCCCGCUGUAGAUGACAAUGAAGCAUUCCCCAGCCUAGGAUCUGCAGCCGCGGCCAAAGCUGGAAAACGACACCAUGGCAAACGUGGUGGGCAUGGACACAAUAACAAAGAGCCCACCGGGCCGAACAACCUCGCAGAAGUCGUACGCAUGUCACCCUCGCCAGCACCCGCGCAGCUUAGGAAAGGUCUGCGUCCCACAAAAAGUUUUACUGGCUCGCGAGAGAACAGCGCCGCUGCUCAAGCGAUUGCUGCUCCGCAACACAUUCCCUGGCUGGAGACUGGCGAGAAGUGCAACACGGCAUAUAUGCAAGCUCGGCAAGAGGCUUUCAAGCAUGGGAGUCUACGAAAUAAGUUUUUGCAGAGCGCUGCUCAAGCUUGGAAUCGCAGCGACUCCCGUGCCGCGAAGGCGCUGUCUCUUCGCGGCCAGAGCGAGAACAACCUGAUGCGAGAAGCCCAUCGCAAGGCCGCUCAGAUUUUGUAUGAAGAACGCAAUAAAGAUGAUGGGGCGGACGCGCGUGAGCUUUACGUUGAUCUUCAUGGUCUCCAUCCAGACGAAGCAGUCUCGUAUCUGGAAGGCAUACUCACAAAGCACAAGCAGUCCUCACGUCCUGUCUACGCCAUUACCGGCACAGGCCACCAUUCCAAGAACGGCAAGGACAAAGUCGGCAAGGCAAUACGCGGUCAUCUCAACGAGUGGCGGUAUGCUUUCCGCGAAUUUUCCGUGCCUGGAGACCGCAACAAUGUUGGUGGCAUCCUGGGUAUUGACCCUAGCAGCUACGACAAGAGCGUUGCGGAGCGGGCCAAAGAGACAGAGAAUGGGGCUACGACCGAUGUCGACGACCUCAAGAAGGACACCAAGGUGAGGAUCAUGAAGAGGGAUGAGGUGCUGGAUGCGCCGAAAGGACCGAAACGGGCAGCGAUAUGACACAUGCCUGUAGUAGGUAAAGCAAUAAGAAUCACGUGAACUCUCAUUCGCUGUUUGCUUUGUGUUUCUUCAACACGUUCUGUUAAUUGUUUUCAGAAAU